AUGUUAAUAAAUAAUUUUCCUGAAAUUGAAGAAAUCCAUCAACAUAUUAAUAAAAUAAAUGAAAAGAUUCCUCCACAACAAGAAGAGGUGGUUAUAAUUAUUGGUGAUACAGGAGAAGGGAAAAGUUCUCUCUUAAAUUAUUUAGCUGAAGUUCCCCUGUUUGGUAAAAAGAGAAAAGGGUUUGAUGAGUUUGUUAUUUACACUGAAAAUCCUUUAAAAGGUAGUGAGAUUACCGAUGGAAGUGUUUCAAAAACUUCUUUGCCAUCAGGUUGGAAAGAGUAUUGGGAUUGUCCUGGUUUUGGGGAUACACGUGGUGAGGUCCAGGAUAUUGUAAAUGCCUAUUCAAUUUACAAGUUAAUCAAAAGUGCAAAAAAAGUGAAGGUUUUGGUCACUGUUUCUGAGGCUACAAUUACAGGGUCAAGGAGUAGAAGCUUCUUAAAUCUUAUUCAUAAUAUAGGUGAAACUUUUAAAAACACAGAUGAGGAUAAGUUAGUUCAAGGGUUAUGUCUGGUAGUAACAAAAAAUAAGACUCUUGACUUGGAGGAAAUGAGAAAUGGUUUGCUUGAGAUUCUCAAGGAACAGGAUGGCCAAGGAAAUUUCAGUCCAACACAAAAAAAAAUACUUGGUUUUUUAUCUUCCCCUGAAAGUCAAAUUGUUUUUUUCAAUGCACCUACACGAGAAGGUCUUAUUUCUGAUGAGGACAGAUCUCAAAUCCUGGAAGGUAUAACAAAGAUUCCUUAUUUGGAAAAACCAGAGCCUAGUAUUUCUAUUGCUCCUGAGUCAAAAAAUCUUAUCAAAGGUCUAGCAGAUAAGCUUAAUGAUGACAUAGAAAAUUUUAUGAUACAUAAAUUUUAUCCAGGAAUUCUAGACUACCUUGAUAAAUUAAUAGACAAUCAUUCAGGCACAGUUAAAGAAUUAAGAGAGUCUCAGUCUUUAAAGUACUUUUGUGAUCAAUUGAACAAAAUAUCUAAUGAACCACGACAAUUUGAAAAUAAUCUUUGUCAAAUUUCCUCAAUCACUAAACUCCUCCAAAGAAAAGAACUUGAAGAGGAAUUUGAUAAAAAAAUUUUUCAAUUAGAAUUCAUUAAGCUAAUUAAACCAGAAUCACUUAAAAUUAAAGGUAAUACUAGCAGCUGGUAUCAUUCUAUUAUAUAUAAAUCUAUUCAGGACAUAGAUAUGUUAAAGUUUCCACCUGAAAAAGAUCAACAAGGAAAAGUGUUAACUUUCAAAGGCCUAAUUAUUGGAGCUGAGGAUAUUAAUGCUGCUAUGGAAGAUAAAGAACUAUCUGAAGUAAAUGUGUACAGCUUGAACAGUUUAUUUAUUGAUGAAGAUAUAAUUGCACCAGGAGUUAAUUUGACAUUAAUGUCUCCCAAAUGGCAUGUUGUAGGCAAAAGAAAAAUUAGUUUAAAAGAACAAAUUGAUGAAAACGAUGGAAAUAGUGAACAAAUUGAUGAAAACGAUGGAAAUAGUGAACAAAUUGAUGAAAAAGAUGGAAAUAGUGAACAAAUUCAUGGAAGAGAUGGAUUGCCUGGGUCGCCUGGUCAAAAUGGAGGGCAUUUUUAUGCCAAAGGAAAAAAAUUUUUCAAUCUUUCUUCCUUAACUAUUGAUGUUAGUGGUGGAGAUGGUGGACAAGGUCAAGAUGGUGGUAAUGGUGGCAAUGGACUGGAUGGUUCAGAUAUUGGAAAAGAAAUUGUAGAAAGUAGAGAUGAAUCUGCUCUUGUUUCAAGGAAAAAAGUAAUAGAAAACCUCAUAGUAAAGGGAAUGAAAUUUCUUUUCACCUUUAAUGAUAAAUUUACGGAAACAUAUGAAAGUUAUGAUCCAGGACAUAAAGGAGGAAAUGGUGGACAAGGAGGAAAAGGUGGAUUUGAAGGGAAACCUGGCUUUGUAGUCAUAGAUAGUCCAUUUCAAUUAUCUGAUGCUCCUGCUAUUUCUAAAGCAGGGAGUAAGAAAGGUGUAAAUGGUACAGGAGGGGAACCAGGCAAAGGUGGAGAAAAUGUAAAAUAUUGUGGGGUAUACAUUAAUGAAAUGGUACUCCCUGAACUUAGAGGCUAUAAUGAAUUAGAUUUAGAUGAUUUUGAGGAUCUUGAAUCUAAGGAAACGAUAACAGGAGUGGGACUAGCAGGAACAGGAAUAGCAACAGCCACAGGAGGUAUUAUUGCUGAGGCAACAGCUAAGGAACUGGUUUUACAACAAUCAGCCCAAUUAACUAUGAAGGAGGGGGCAAAGCAAUUAGUCUCAAAAGGAUGGUGGUGGCAAAAUCCAUUCGUUAUAACAGAAGGUAGUAAGUUAGCAAUGCAAGAGGUAUCUAAAAACACCUUUAAUUUUGUUACUCUAGAAGCAGCCGAAGAAAUAACAAAACAAGGAGGCAAAGUUAUAAUACAAGAUGUUUUAAAAGUAGGUGCUACUGAAUCAGGUAAACAUGUUGUAAAAGUUGGUGCUUCUACUGGUGCUUCUCUGGCCAAAGGUAUGGGUGUAGGCUUAAUAUUCCAAGCAGCAUUAUCUUCAGUAAGUGCACAUUUAUCAAGUGGUUGGGAAGAAGAGGCACACAAAGUAGAUUGUGGAUAUGCUCCUAAUGGAGAAACACCCAACUCAUUUAAUGACCAAGAUAUUCAAAGACCUUCUGAUCAUCUCGAACCUUCCAUAAACAAAGAAGAGAAGAGUGAUUGUUAUAAUCAAUUUUAUGCUCAGAAAAAAAAAGGACAUCUUCUUGAUG